GGGCGCAGCGUGACGUCACGUCCGGGCACCGGUUGUUGACAGAGCGCUGAUUUUUUCUGCUUCAGUGUGAACAGAUCUUGAUUAAACUGGACAUGGAGAGCUCAGCUUGGCAUCUCUCCCUGAAGCUCAGCGACAAACCCAAGGAAGUGUUUCAGUUUCCAGACACUGAGCCCGGAGACGUGUGUCCAGGAGGAUACCAGGUGUCCACGCUGAAGCAGCUGAUCUCAGCGCAGCUCUGCGACGCUCUGCCCGACCCCGAGCUCAUAGACUUCGUGCACUGCGGCUGCGUGCUGAAGGAUGAUCUCACGCUAGACUCCUACGGGAUCAAGUCUGGAUCCACGCUUCACAUCAUCAAGAAGACGUGGCCGGAGCCGGAGGUCAAGCCUGAGCCGGUGAACAGAUCUGCUGCUGUCAGAGAGUUCAGGACGCUUCAGGCUGCUCUGCUCUCCAGCGGAUCCUACAGAGACGCGGUGUUUAAGAUGCUGGCUAAUAAAGAGUCUCUGGAGCAGAUCGUCGUGGCCUCGCCGGGGCUGCGCUCGGACCCCGUGGCUUUAGGUGUGCUCCAGGACAAGGAUCUGUUCGUUCAGUUCACAGACCCGAAGCUGCUGGACAUUCUGAUCCAGUCUCACCCAGCACUGGUCAACGCCAUCAUCCUGGUCCUGCACUCAGUGACCGGCAGCAGCUCCACACGAAACCCUGCCGCCUCCUCCUUCAGUGACCUGCCAGGAGGUUUUCUGUUUGAUGGCAUGUCCGAUGAUGACGACGAUUUCCAAUCUCAGGGAAGCAGAGGCGGGUCAAUGCGAGCCCAGCGAGUGUCUGCAGGCUCCAGACCACAGACGUUUGGUCACAGCGGAGCCACGGGCCCCCGACCCAUCACUCAGAGCGAGCUCGCGUCCGCCCUGGCCUUAGCCAGCACUCCGGAGAGCAGCGGCGUCACAGCGACACGGAGCGCUCAGGAGGGGUCUUCCAGCGCAGCCUCAGGAGCCUCAGGAGCCCGCGUCAGCAGCAGUCUGUUCAGUCACGCGCUGCAGCAGGCGCUACAGGCCUCUGGAGUGAGCUCACCUCAGGGCCGCUGGCAGACGCAGAUGCAGCAGUUGAGGGAUAUGGGCAUCCAGGACGAGGAAGUGGCUCUGCGAGCGCUGACAGCCACAAACGGAGAUCUGCAGGCCGCUCUGGAGCUCAUCUUCUCUGGAGGAGGACGACUCUGAUGUGUGUGUCUGGCCUUUAGAUGAUGACCAGUGACCAGUUCACAGGCAAACACACAUCUACCUUUGCCUUAAAACAUGCUUUCUUUGAUUGUUUUUUACUUUUAUCUAAAUAAAGUUUAAUUCUAGAAUGCA